AUGUCAGCUACACCAUCACCAGCGGGUAAUAGUCGUUCAAUGAACGGGACCGGUCCGAAAAAUGAUACUUCUCCCUCCUCCUUCGCUUUAUUUCCGCCACUACCAAAUGAAACAUAUGUCCCCGUCCAGACAGAGCGGAGGGACAUCCACAUCCCUAAAGAGGCAUCUGCGAACUUCAAGAUUGAGAGCUUCACCAACCGAGAAGACGUGCUAUUUGGCCUAGCCUAUGAUGGACGGUGCACAACGGCAGGCCAGCAGGCAAUUAUGCCUUUUCGAUUCCAAGUUCAGCCGGAGGCCACAGUCGCCGAGACGGUCAGCAUCGCCGAAGCUCACUGCAAAGAAUUAGCCCAAUUCGAGCAUAUGGGGCUCGAGGCCUUUUGCAAUUUUAGUUUGGGCAAUAUGCAACUCAGCCAGUUCCAAAACUUGCUGGUUCUUGCCAACCAGAAAGUAGCGACCCAUCCGGGAGGGCAAAUAUCGAUCCCGCCGGUCUACAGUCAAAAGUAUCCGCUAAGCGUAAUCUGCGUCGACAACGCUGAUGCCAUCCAUGUCCAUGCGUUUAGCGAUCCUGCGGUGGUCGAGCCCGAUUUGCUCCAGAUGAUGUUGCUGCACUUCACCGAUGCCGUCCGCAUUGCUCUAGAUCAACCCGAGAGGCCUGUCCGGGAUCUCCAGACAUUGGGAGCAGAAGCAUGGAAGAUUCUGAUGGAUUGGAACAAAACUAGCAGCCCUCAAGAUCCGGAUACGAGCCAGCCAUUUAUUGUAGAAGCAAUCGAAGCUCAAUGCGCGAAGAGAGAGAAUGCGCCGGCUAUCAGCGCAUGGGAUGGAGACCUCACUUACGGGGAGCUGCAUCAAGAGGCUUCACAUAUUGCUGGUCUGCUGAUAGAUGAGGCAGUGGCUCCCGGAACCUUUGUCGGAAUCCACAUGUUGAAAUCAAAAAUGGCGGUUGUAACUAUGCUGGGAAUCAUGAAAUCCGGUGCAGCAUUUGUGUUUCUUCCUCCCUCUAUGCCCAUGGCGCGUCUCGUUAAAAUGUGCCAGAUUACCUCAAUGCAGUUCAUUCUAACCGAGAGGAAACUUGCGGCGCAAGCAAAGAAAUUGGGCCCUAAGGUGAUCCGAUUUCCUAAUGACAUGGGUCCCGCGUACGAAAUGCCUCCGUACUUGGAGACAAAAACCAAGCCAGAACACCCACUGUACGCCGUGUUCACUUCCGGUUCGCUCGGAGAACCAAAAGCUGUCAUCGUCGAUCGUGCAUCCUAUGGCUCCGGGGUGCAGGAGUUCUGUCGUCGAACGAGACUAGGACCUGAGUCUCGAACCUUUCAAUUCGCAUCCUACGCUUUUGUAGUUAGCGUAUUUGAACAUCUUGUCGCCCUAUCUGUCGGUGCUUGCAUCUGCAUCGCGUCAGAAGAACAAUCAGACACCGAACUAGAAGAGAGUAUCACCCGCACAAACGCCGACUGGGCGAUCCUCACGCCCUCGGUAGCAAGAACCCUGUCGCCAAAGAAUAUUCCGGCGUUGAGAGACCUGCUUCUAGUGGGAGAAGCCCUAACGAAUGCGGAUCGCGAGCAAUGGAAAGACUACCUUACGCUAUAUACUCUUUACGGUCAAUCAGAGACUGCCGCCACCACCUUUGUAGGCAGCCUGUCGGGUCAGUCCGUCCGCCGGGUAACCGAUCUUGGGGAGUUAAGCUGCGGAAAUUGCUGGGUCGUGGAUCCAGAAGAUCAUAAUCUCCUUAAGCCUCUAGGCACAGAGGGGGAGCUUAUGAUAGAGAGCCCUUCCCUAGGCCUGGAAUAUAUCAAUGACCCGAAACAGACAGCAGAGGUUUUUGUCAAACGGCCAUCAUGGCUUCAACAGAUACGCGCGGAUGACGAUCCAGCACGCUGCGUGCUCACAGGCGAUUUGGUUCGUUUCCGAGACAUCCAGGGUUCCAUUCAGUUUGUUGGCCGGAAAGGGACCCGGACAAAGAUUCGUGAUCAACGGAUAGAAUUAGGAGAGGUCGAGCAUCAUAUGCGCUGUCAUUUCACAGGCGCUGUGUCCGUGGUCGCCGAGGUUGUGGGUAUCACCAUAAGCAACCACAGAGAGCAAACCGCAAUGCUUGUCGGAUUCGUUCUGGACAACUCAUCGGCUCCAUCACGAGCGAAGCCUGAUAUUAAUGAAAAAAUGUUCGCGCCGCCAACAUCCGAGCAUCGCCAACGAGCGCGAAAAGCGAUCCAGGAGCUGCGCCGCAUCCUCCCUACAUUUAUGGUGCCCAGCGCCAUUAUUCCACUGACAUACCUCCCGAGAACGGUCACGGGUAAAAUCCACCGAAAAGGUCUGCGUGAAGCAGCAUCAAAUCUACCCUUGUCUGAUCUCAUGGUGUAUCAAUGGGACAAACCCGUCUACACUGCACCAAGAACGACAGAAGAAAGAACACUGCAGUCCAUAUGCGCGGAAGUGCUUGCGUUGCCGCUCUCGGAGAUUAGUAUUAACGACAACUUUUUCAACAUCGGCGGCGAUUCUUUAACUGCGCGUCAGCUCGUGUCCAAAGCCCGCUCGCAUCGGCUUAGCUUAACCCUGACUCAAGUUUUCAACGAGGCUACUUUGGCCGCCCUGGCUCAAUGUGCCGGGAAGCACGUGCCACAGGCAGAAUCAGUGGCGUCUCUAUCUUCCGGACAUGUGGAUCCUUAUCGUGCCCUUGCGGACGACUUCCUUGCCAAUCUACCUUCGGGCCUGGCGGCGCAUGAUAUCGAGGACGUGAUACCAACCACAGAGAUGCAGACCCUAAUAAUUGACGCCAAAGUGGUCGACUACUUCCCGUUUGAGAUAGACGGUUCUCUGGAUAAGCACCAGUUGCGGCUUGCGUGCGAAUCAGUAGUGCAAAACAACGCCAGUUUGCGCUCGAUCUUUGUCAGAUUCCGAGAACAAAUCGUCCAAGUGAUACUUAAACGCAUCGCGGUUUCAUUGUACACGGAAGUCGAACUUCCAGAAAAUGGUAAUCAAGAUCCCAUUGUCGCCGCGCGAGCAUACUGCAUGGUAGAUAAACAAAACCCCCCGCCGAUGGAUCAGCCCACAGCUCGGUUCAUCCUCUUCCCAGAAGUCAACAACAAACACAUCUUCGUCCUCCGAUUGACUCAUGCGCAAUACGAUGCAGUUUGUUUGCAGCCUCUGGCAGACCAGAUCAGUGGGGCAUACAACAGCAAACCAGUGCGCGUGAUCACAGACUUCCCCCAGUAUCGUCGCGAGUGCGCGCGCUUGAGGACCCCGCAGGCAUUUAACUUCUGGAAAAGCCUGCUGGCAGGAGCACAGGUCACCCGUGUGCCGCGUUGUCCAGACGAGGGCAAAGUAGGGCAGUGCGACAUGUAUAUCAAGGAAUGUUCCCCGGCAGCACCGCCCACGGGGAUCACGAUGGCUACUGCAAUCAAAGCUGCGUGGUCAUUUGUCCUGCGGCAAGAGACCGGACAACAGGAUGUUGUCUUCGGCCAGGUGAUCGAUGGCCGCGCGAUGAAUCUUGACGGCGUGCAGGGUACGGUUGGGACGUGCCUCAACACGACACCGAUCCGCGUCAACUAUCAGACAGGCGCAGUUAGCACGGUCAUUGAUCUAUUCCGUCUCAUCCAGCACCAACACGUCCAAGCGCUGGAGUUUGAGACUUUGGAGUGGAAGGAUCUUGUAGCACAUUGCACCUCGUGGCCGAACGAGACAGACUUGGAUUCGGUGAUUUUGCAUGAGAAUUUCGGCGGUGGCCCGCAGCUGAGCCUUGGAGGAGCGAGUGGAGCGAUGCUGGAUCCCAUCUUCACGAUGGGAGGCUGGAAGCGGCAUACUCUGGUAACAUGGCCGGAGCCGGGAAAGCUGAAGGCGUUUUUGAUGGUGAGAGCAGAGUCGCUGGACAAGGUGCUCGCCGAGCGGCUGCUGGCAGACUUCAUCCAGACGCUGGUGAGGUUCCUGGACGGUCCCGAAGCGCAGCUGUGA